AUGUGUGACGAUGAUGUAGCAGCACUUGUUAUUGAUAAUGGUAGUGGUAUGUGUAAAGCUGGUUUUGCUGGUGAUGAUGCACCCCGUGCAGUAUUUCCAUCAAUUGUUGGUCGACCACGUCAUCAAGGUGUUAUGGUUGGUAUGGGACAAAAAGAUUCGUAUGUUGGUGAUGAAGCUCAAUCAAAACGUGGUAUAUUAACAUUAAAAUAUCCAAUUGAACAUGGUAUUGUUACAAAUUGGGAUGAUAUGGAAAAAAUUUGGCAUCAUACUUUUUAUAAUGAACUUCGUGUUGCACCUGAAGAACAUCCUGUUCUUCUUACUGAAGCACCAUUAAAUCCAAAAGCAAAUCGUGAAAAAAUGACCCAAAUUAUGUUUGAAACAUUUAAUACACCAGCAAUGUAUGUUGCAAUUCAAGCUGUACUUUCACUUUAUGCAAGUGGUCGUACAACUGGUAUUGUACUUGAUUCAGGUGAUGGUGUAACACAUACAGUACCAAUAUAUGAAGGUUAUGCAUUACCACAUGCUAUACUUCGUCUUGAUUUAGCUGGAAGAGAUUUAACAGAUUAUUUAAUGAAAAUUUUAACUGAACGUGGUUAUUCAUUUGUAACAACAGCUGAACGUGAAAUUGUACGUGAUAUAAAAGAAAAAUUAUGUUAUGUUGCAUUAGAUUUUGAACAAGAAAUGGCUACAGCUGCAUCAUCAUCAUCAUUAGAAAAAAGUUAUGAAUUACCUGAUGGACAAGUUAUUACUAUUGGUAAUGAACGAUUUCGUUGUCCUGAAGCUUUAUUUCAACCAAGUUUUCUUGGAAUGGAAACAGCUGGUAUUCAUGAAACAACAUAUAAUUCAAUAAUGAAAUGCGAUAUUGAUAUACGUAAAGAUUUAUAUGCAAAUACAGUUCUUUCUGGUGGUUCAACAAUGUAUCCAGGUAUUGCUGAUCGUAUGCAAAAAGAAAUAACAUCAUUAGCACCAUCAACAAUGAAAAUCAAAAUAAUAGCACCACCUGAAAGAAAAUAUUCCGUAUGGAUUGGUGGUUCAAUUUUAGCAUCAUUAUCAACAUUUCAACAAAUGUGGAUUUCAAAACAAGAAUAUGAUGAAUCAGGUCCAUCAAUUGUUCAUCGUAAAUGCUUUUAA